AUGGCCCUCGUCCCUUCGGUUUCCGCGUCCACCGACCUCAGCCAGCGCGAGCCCUCCCGCUGCCGCUUCUACGCCCGUGCUGGAGCCGUGAUCGACAAGCAAGGACAAGCUUUCACCCGACAUGUCGUGGUGCAGGUGCUGAAGUGGCUGAGUGACCACGCAGCAGCGUGUGGCGCCAACGACACGCCCUGGGAGCAGCAGACCAACGUGGGUGACUCGGGGGCCCCCACAGCUGCGGCGGCAGCAGCUUCAGCCGCUCAGAGGCAGUUGCUGUGGGAGGUGCUGCGGCUGCUGGUGAAGCACUCGGAGGCCGGAAAAACGAAGCAGGCCAGAGGGUGGCUUAUGGGGCAGAGCAAAGAGGACCAGUCCGUGGAAUCUGACUUGCUGAAGCUGCUGCUGGAGCGGCGAAAUGCCCCUGACACGCACAGCCUGCGACGCAUGGCUGAGGAAGCCAAGUUGGCCGACAACCCCAUCGUCAAGAACGCCGAGCGGUUGGUUCGUCGAGUGCUCGAGCUCCCUAACCGCCCUGCCGUAGUCUUCGUACACUCGCCCGUGUGCGGCAUGGCCAACUACCCGAUUGGGCAUCCCAAGAACCCCGAACGGACGCCGUACAGCUUACAUGCCCGGGGGGCCCGCUCUCUUACGUCAUGCCGUACAUGCCGUGAAACCUCAGUGACUACUGGCUUGUUCUUUGGCGAGGAGUUCACCAACUUCAUGGAUGCGUUAAACUCUUAUGACAUUCCUUUCACCUUCCUAGCGCCGUACCGUUAUCCGUUCAACCAGUGUCCCUUCACACCUAACGAGACGCAGCUUGUGUCGUACUUGUCGGAACACCCCAAGCUGGAAGCCCUGGACCGCCACCUCGAACCCGUCAUGAACAUAGACACGGCUGGACCGCGGGUGUUUGAGGCGGCUGACCUGCUGCUGGAUGCCAAGUGUCAAUUCUGGGACGACCUCCUGAACGCGGACAUAACCGCGGGCACUGCCUUCCACAGCUGA